CGCGCACCCAGGCGCGCACCCACCCUCCACCUACACUUAAUACGCGCGCACGUCUCUCCCCACCCGGGAUUGAACGCACUGUCGCUCCCGGCUCGCUAGGCUAGAGGGACAAAGUUACCUUACACACUUCCCAGCUCGGUCCCCUGACCCUCUUUGUCACACACUCAGUUAUCCCCCACACUCUCCCAGUGGUUGCACGACCUUUGCUUGCCCCUGCUGGGCCACGUCCUUGCGACCCUGCCCCAGCCACCCCUCCGUUCGUUCUCUGCACUGCUCUCUCUGUGGUGGGGCACACUCGCGACCACUUUACACGCGCGUGCGCGCACACACACUCUGCGACACUCGCACACCCCUCCCGCCGGCGCCGAUGACCUCACGGCGCGCGCGCGGCGCGGCCCGGCGAGGCCGCAGAUUGGUUGGCCGCGCCUCCGCGGCACUUCAAAGCCGGAGAGGGAGCUACAAUUGUGGCGGAAUGGGCGGAACUGAUCAUUGUAUUGCACACCUCUAAAAAAAACACUGCCUCUGAUUUAUCAAUAUAAAAAAGAUCCUCUGAGAGGAGGAGGGCGCUUCUGUGUGAUGGCAACUUCACUUCUAGGGGAAGAACCGAGGUUGGGAUCCACUCCUCUGGCCAUGCUUGCUGCUACCUGUAAUAAGAUCGGCAGCCCCAGUCCGUCUCCCUCCUCCCUGUCGGACAGCUCUUCUUCCUUCGGUAAAGGCUUCCACCCCUGGAAACGCUCUUCGUCCUCCUCCUCCAGCAGCUGCAACGUAGUGGGUUCCAGUCUCUCCAGCUUCGGCGUGUCUGGGGCCUCCCGGAACGGCGGCUCGUCCUCGGCCGCAGCGGCGGCGGCGGCGGCGGCAGCAGCGGCCGCGGCCCUGGUGUCCGACUCGUUUAGCUGCGGCGGCUCUCCGGGCUCCAGCGCCUUCUCCCUCACCUCCAGCAGCGCCGCCGCCGCGGCCGCAGCAGCGGCAGCCGCGGCCUCCAGCUCGCCCUUCGCCAACGACUACUCCGUGUUCCAGGCCCCGGGCGUCUCGGGGGGCAGCGGCGGCGGCGGCGGGGGUGGUGGCGGCGGUUCCGGGGCACACUCGCAGGACGGUUCCCAUCAGCCGGUGUUCAUCUCCAAGGUGCACACGUCGGUGGACGGGCUGCAGGGCAUCUACCCACGCGUGGGCAUGGCGCAUCCGUACGAAUCGUGGUUCAAGCCCUCGCACCCGGGCCUGGGCGCCGCGGGCGACGUGGGCUCCGCGGGCGCCUCCAGCUGGUGGGACGUGGGCGCUGGCUGGAUCGACGUGCAGAACCCCAACGGGGCGGCUGCGCUGCCUGGCUCGCUGCACCCGGCCGCCGGGGGUCUUCAAACGUCGCUGCACUCGCCGCUCGGAGGCUAUAACUCGGAUUACUCGGGCCUGAGCCACUCGGCUUUCAGCAGUGGUGCCUCGUCUCACCUGCUCAGCCCGGCGGGCCAGCACCUCAUGGACGGCUUCAAGCCAGUACUGCCCGGCUCCUACCCCGAUUCGGCCCCGUCGCCGCUGGCCGGCGCCGGAAGCUCCAUGCUGAGCGCGGGGCCCGCAGCGCCGCUGGGGGGCUCCCCACGCUCUUCCGCGCGCCGCUACUCGGGCCGCGCCACCUGCGAUUGCCCCAACUGCCAGGAGGCUGAGCGGCUGGGCCCCGCGGGGGCGAGCCUGCGGCGCAAGGGGCUGCACAGCUGCCACAUCCCGGGCUGCGGCAAGGUGUACGGCAAGACGUCGCACCUGAAGGCGCACCUGCGCUGGCACACGGGCGAGCGGCCGUUCGUGUGCAACUGGCUGUUCUGCGGCAAGCGCUUCACGCGCUCUGACGAGCUGCAGCGGCACCUGCGGACCCACACGGGCGAGAAGCGCUUCGCCUGCCCGGUGUGCAACAAGCGCUUCAUGCGCAGCGACCACCUGAGCAAGCAUGUGAAGACGCACAGUGGCGGCGGCGGCUCGGCGGGCUCCAGCGGCGGCAAGAAAGGCAGCGACACCGAUAGCGAGCACAGCGCGGCGGGCAGCCCGCCUUGCCACUCCCCCGAGCUGCUGCAGACCCCGGAACCCGGCCACCGCAACGGCCUGGAGUGACUGUUCCGCAGCCUCCCACCUGGGUCCUGUCUGGCUUGUAUGCCUGGCCUGGGCUCCAGUGUCGGCUCACUGUCUCGCGCUCUCUCCCCGACUCCCUGUCCCUCUCUCCGGCUUCCCUCUCCUACUUUAUUAAAGGGAUGUGGACAGUAAGUAAGCACGCACCGGUGGCUGGAGCCCUGGCUCCCUCCUGCACGGUGACAGCGAGACCGGGCGCAGUGGGAACCCGCUCCUCCAGCUCCGGGUUGGCGGAACUUUGAGGGGGCAGAAGCCUCUGGAGUUAGGACAGGAUGAAUGGGAUGUCUGGUAGACCCCCGGCCUCUUGGGCUGCGGAAAGCGCAGUGCUCAGCCAGCUUGAGCAGGAGCUGUGGGGAGGCAGAGGCUGGAGGUCAGGCAAGGCACUCCGGCCUGGACCCGCGAGCGCGCCCCUUGGGCAGCUGUCCCACUUUGAGCACUACCCUGCGCGCAGGCCUGCUACACCCUGACCGGGUGAGCAGAAUUUAGCUCUUCCAGCUCAGCUCUGCCUAGUUCUUUGUGCCCUGCGGGUGAACCGCUGCGAGUCCUGUGAAGGGGAAUCAAUGCCGCUACCGUCUUUCAUCUUUGUGACUUUUUUUUUUUAACUGAAAAAAUGAGAGGAAAAAAUAAACAAGCAACCUUCCUCUUAGCUUCCGGUUUAGAUAAUUUUCCUCUGCCUGUGAGCACGUCUUUCUCUCCAAACUGCUAAUAUUGAUUCCAAAGUUAUUUUGAUCGCAGUAACUUAUGGGGUGGGGGUGGGAGUGAGGGUAGGUGUCUUUUUCUUAUGCAAAAAUACCCCCUUUCCGGUGAGACCAGAUUAACUAUCUUCGUGUUUGUCCUUUUCUACCUCGUUUCACCAUUCCCGAGCAUAGUCUCCCAAUCUUUUUUUUUUCUCCCCCUUUGGUUUAGUCCAAUAGUCAAUUUAUCUAAUCAUUUCUGUAAAUUAUUGCAAGUCAUUGAAUAUCUUAGGAUUAAAUUUUUUUCUUUGUGAUUUAAACUCAAGUGAAGAAGCUAUCGUUUAUUUCAGAUGAGGCUGUAGUUUAAAUGCCAAAAGAGGGAAAUAGGAAAUAAAAUUAAAAUUCUUUGUAAAAUAUAUCUGAACCUAAUGGUUUGUACAACUGGAAAAUCGUUCUAGAUUAGUUUCCCGUUAAACAUGACUCCGCCGGUGUGAGGUGUGAGGUACAUUGUCCAGGAGACGAUUUUGUAUAGUAUUUUUCUUGUACAUUACUUCUGAUAAAUAUUUGAAAAUAUAUUGAAGUAAACUUGAUUUUUUUUCUUUUUUGUCAGAAGAAAAUAUUAAGAGUUAUUGCUGAGGUUCUGAUGAGCUGCAGGUUUUUUUGAACUCAAUUCUGGAGGUGCAGAGCCACACACGCACUUUCCGGGCCUAGUUUUGCUCGAAUAUGAAUUUAGAUAGGUAUCAAGCUGUAACUAAGACACUAUUUGAUAAAUGUUGGAUGACAUUUAAUUUAAUGGCGCAUGUACUUAUUUGCAUUUGCUGGCAGUUCAGGCAUAGUUAAAGUGAGAGUUCUAUACUUCAUAAUAACGGGGUCUGCCAAACCCAUGUAUUAAAUAAAUUGUCCAAGUGAUACUCGACUAACUUUGGCCUUUGUGUAUUUCCUGAAGGUGAUAUUGUUAACUGUUGACAAACACUCCUGACACUACAUUUAAGUGUUGUUUGCAGAGUCUGCAAACUAACUAUUCAUUGUAAUGUUGAAAUAAUUUGGAUAUUUCACAUUGAAAUGAAAAGCCUUUCUCUGGAACAUUUUAGACUUGCAUUUUAAAUGCAUGAAAUGUAAUUGAUUUAUUUGUAAUAUUUUAAAUGGUAUUAAUAAACUCAGAUAAAAGACUA